AUGAAUUCAUCAAGAUAUCCUUUAAAAUCUUUUCUUGUAAGGCAUCAAACGCAAAAUGGAUAUAUAGUUGAUUCAGUGCCAAAACCUGUACAAUUUGAUGAAUCAAAUGAUCGUUAUAGAUGUAUGUGCGGGUGUUUUCAUAUUAAAACAGGAGCCUUUAUAGUAGUUGCAGUUGAAGUAUUAAUGAUUUUAACAUUUUUAAUAAAUUCAUCACUUGUAUAUAUACAACAAAAUCCACCACAAUAUAAUGAUAAUACAACAGCAACAUAUACACCUAUCUCAUUUACUAUUUCAAUGAUUGGAUUUGGCUUAUCAGGAUUCAUUAUAUUUAUAACAUUUAUAGGAAUAGCAAAAAAUAUUUCAUCAUUAUUAAUACCACAUUUAGCAAUGCAAAUAAUAACAAUGAUAUUUCUUAUAUUAUUAAUAAUAUCAGGAAUUAUAGCUAUAUCAACAGAUACAACUAUAUUUUAUCGUUUUCUUAAUGCUGCACCAUUUGAUGAUCAUCCAAAAAAUAAUUCUGUAGCAUUAUCAGCUGAAACAUUAGCAAGGAUAUAUACACUUUUGACUGGAUAUAUAAUAACAUUUUUAUUGCAAAUCUGGUUUCUUAUUAUAAUUCAUAAUUGUUACAAAUAUUAUUUAGAAAGAAAGGCAUACAUGAAUUAUUGUCUUGCAUAUAGUACCCCAAUGAAAACGUUAAAUUGUCGUUAA